AUGAAGUUAUUAUCUGAUUUUUAUCGUACUACGAAAUCGAAUUAAAGAUGUUAAAAAGAUAUACAAAAAAAAAGGUAUAAAACACAAAUAAUGCGGAUUUCUAGUGGAAUGUGAUAUGCUUGAGUGUAAACGGCAAAUAUGAACAUCCGGUUCCGUGAAUCAUCGCUAUAUUCUUGAGAAGUAUAUAUACGUAAGAUGUUUAGGAAGAUAUUCGUGGCUGUUUAUCUAUCAUUGAGAUCAACGGAGAAACAAGCGCGAAUACUUGAAAACUUGAGUUAAUAAAUUUUAGUUAACAAAAAAUAAGGGGAAAUAUAUAUAUAUAGCGAUUUUAGGAAGAAGUUUGCAAUUUUUGAAAUAAAUAUCUAAAAUUCUAAUUAUUAAUCGAGUGCGACCGAGAGCUUCAGAAAGGCAAUCUUAAUUUAAAACAUCUUUUUGGGGGCAACCAAUUGAAUAUUGGUGUGAAGAGAUUGAAUGAAUCAGCCAGCGGUAUUGCGACAAGUUGAGGAAGGACUGUAAUUCAUUUAAUGCGACGAGACAAUUUGUGGGACAAUUCAGUCCGCUUCUGGUUUCUUUCCGUCGUACCAUUGCAUGUAAAGAAUUUUGCUCCUUCAAAUAAGUUAUUUGUUAAAGAAGCAGCGCGUCCACUGCAUAUAUAUCGAAUAAAACCCGUUCCCGAACGCAACCUCACCGUCAUUAAUCGCACGUGCUCCGCUUUCAUUCACGCCAACUCCCACCUAUGAAUAACACGGUACAAGCGUUUACAUUCACACCGCGGUUGGCCGGCGCCAAUGGGCCGACGAGACCGCCGUUGUUCCGAUUGGUCGGCGCUUACUCCCGACGUACUAUGCGAGAGAACGAGAGGAAUGCGAAACGAUCGUGAAACACUAUGAAUAGAACCGAAGCUCCAGGUCAAGACGUAUGCAACGGAGCGUCUCUCGGCUAGUUCCAACAAGGAGUUUGCCUGGCUUCGACUCCGUCGCAAUAUGGCCGUAUCGCCGUACAUACAACCCUCAUUCUCGGAGCAUCGUGCCCGUAAAUCACACGUCAAUACACCGCUUGAUAUAUUGUUGUAUGUGCUGCUGACGAAAGAUGGUACAAGUGUUUCCUUGACUCAUCAUCAUGCAAAUGAUGUUAAUUAUUAUGAUGCAACAAUCAACAAUAGUGAUAAUAUAAAUCCUCUGGAAAAAUUUUAUCUAAUCACUGAACAAAAGUGGCAUAAGGAUACACUAGUGCCAAUCUCCUUAUUGCCCUCUACGAAGGGAAUGCCUACGAGAUCCCAUCACAGAAUCCGGCAGUCCGUGACAGGACUGGAUGAUGCUGGAAUGGAUCUCCAAGUGGCCCAACUCAAUAGUCAGACAGACAAGGAAGUACAUUCCAGGACGACUCUAUCAUGGCUAGAUUGGCAUUUGCCUUACUUUGUAGCGCUUUGUGCAAUCGCUGGCACUAUUCUUUUUACAUUCCUAAUCUUGUUAUGGCUGCGAAAACAAAUGUCGCGUGAAAAAGAUAACGAAAAUGGCGAUCGGCACGGUCUGGUCGAGGAAGGUGCCACUUGUAAGCCAGACAAAUCAACUAAAGAUGCAAAAGAAUCCGUGGAAGCUAAAUGGGUUCACGAAGCAUUCGCGAAGCAAUCUGCACCCAAGUACCCGGUACGACCAAUUCCACAGACUUCUUUACCCGAGUCUCUGGCAACGCCUGAACGUAAACCGGAAGCGAUACGUAUGAAAGCAAAAGGAUUGUUGGAAAGACGUGGUUCGAGCACAAGUUUAACCAUAGAAUUGGCACCAGCUCCUGAAAGUCCGCCACAUAUGGUUACUCCUACCCGAGAAUGUACAACGGAAGAGUUUUUGCUAAGUGCAGGAAAUGUAUUAUCGAGAGCACAAUUGAAAAAAGUUAUCGAAAGUACGGGAACAUUACACAAAGAAUUUUGGGAGGUGCCACUAAAUCUACCGGAAAAGGUGGAUAUUUGUGGCUCAGGAGUGAAGAAUCGAUACAGCUCUGUUUUGCCCAAUCUACAAACGAGAGUGAUUCUACCAGGUUCCUCCGACGAUCCGCUCGCCGGUUACAUAAACGCUAAUUACAUCCGAGGAUACGAUGGCGAAAAUGGUAGAUACAUCGCGACACAGGGACCAUUAGCUAACACGAUAGAAGACUUCUGGAAAAUGAUCUGGGCAGAAAAAGUUCCUGCAAUCGUCAUGAUAACUAGAUUGUACGAAGUGUCCAAACCAAAGUGCGAAGCGUAUUUUCCCUUUGACGUAAAUAAUCGCUUACAAGCUGGAUCUUUCACAGUUAUCGUUAACUAUAUCGAUACGAGAAAUGGAUAUACCGUCAGAACUAUGGAGAUUCGACACGAAGGAGAAAGGAGACAUUUGCAACACUACUGGUAUGAUUCAUGGCCGGACCAUGCUGUACCUCAAACUGCAGAUGCUCUCGUUAGUAUGGCUGCAGAGAUAAACGCUUCGCCAAAACCAGUGGUCGUCCACUGCAGCGCGGGUAUAGGACGAACUGGUUGUUUCAUAGCGAUAGGAAUAGGAAUGAAUCAACUUAUAAGAGAUGGAAAUGUCGAUAUAUUGGGUAUUUUGUGCCAGAUGAGAUACGAUAGGGGAGGGAUGGUGCAAACAGCGGAACAAUAUGAAUUUAUUCAUAGAGCACUUUAUCUUUUCGAGCAGACACUGGAAAGCAAACCGUCGACUUCGAGCGACUGAAUGAACGUAUUACUACUACUACUAUAGAUAUUUCUUUCGCUUAUUCUUUCAUGAGACGGGGCUUUAUUAUUGCCUAAGAGAAUGUCACUUCGUGCAGGGCUAUAUGCUUACCGCAAAAAAACAUAAAUUUCUAAUGAAUCUCAAUGUCAGCCUGUGAACCGACGCUCUCAUUUUUAUCUCAAUAUUUCAACGAGUUCAAACUCGUUUAAUAAGCUGCCAUUUUCUACUGCCAUGACAAAUCGUUGACAAUUGAUAUCAAUCAUCACAGAGCUCAAGAGGUAAAAAAAAGGGUUCACCGUCGGAGUGCAUUUUCUAUAAGCAGGUGCUUUUUAAAACUGAGAUAUCACAAAUAGCUUAAUAAAAAGAAUAUUUAUGUUUAUAAUAACGCGCGAUAUGAAUCGUGCGGCACGUACGCUUAAAAAUUAAUAUUAUAUUAUUUUAUAUAAGUUAUGAAUAUAUAGUAUAAAUAUGAAAUAUAAUAUGAAUUAGAAAUAAUUUCUAAAUACGGCGAUAAUAUAUUCGCGAUUCGUAUCGUAAAAUUUAUAUCUAAAGAUCAGACACUAAACUUGGAAUUUAAUUAUCCACACAUUCCUCGUGUGUUAGGAAAUAGUUUAUAAGUUUCAAUAAAAUUUUAAAUACAAAAAUGUGUAGAAACGGUUUCGCGCGUAUUAAUAUAACCGAUACUAAUGUACGAUAUUCUUCGCUAUUAUCACGUUUCGCGAUAAA